AUGACUGCGGUUGUUCAAUCUGCACCAUCUGUGAAUGACCCACUCGACAGAACAUUUAUAAACGAUGUCGAUCAAUGGAUUGAGCAAUUAUAUGAAUGUAAACCAUUGACAGAAGGACAAGUUAAAGCAUUAUGUGAAAAGGUAACGAUUUUGAGGAGUUCUGGAAGUUUUUGGGUGAAAAAAGGGAAUUGACAGUUGUGUAGGAAUCUAAAAAUGCAAAAAAUAUCUCUACGAAAAUAAAAAUUCGAUUUUUAUAAUAAUGAGCCUAUGCAGAUUAAAAUUUUGUAAUAAAAACACGAAAAAUCAUAAUUUUUUCUAUGCAGAAAAACGUCAAAAUAUACAGUUUAUUAUUUUUGAGCAAAGACAAUGUGAAAUUGAGAGUUUGUGCGAAAAAAUUAAUUUUUUCGUCUGCACUCUCUUAAUUUCACAUUAUCUCUACUUAAAAAUAAUAAGUAGACUGUAUAUUUUGACGUUUUUCUGCAUAGAAAAAAUUAUGAUUUUUUGUGAUUUUUAUUACAAAAUUUUAAUGGGGCUAUUCAAGUAUUUUCUCAACACGCUGAGAAAACAGGAGAAAUGCGGAGAAAAUGCAUUUUCUUCCCUUUUUUCGUAUUUUCUCACAAUCAGCCUACCUGAAUAGGUUUUCUUCGCUUUUCUCAGCGUUGAGAAAAUAACUUGAAUAGUCCCAUAAUCUGCAUAGGCCCAUUAUUAAAAAAACCGAUUUUUUAUUUUCGUAGGGAUAUUUUGGAACUUUUCGAUUCCUACACAAUUUUGAUAAUCACUAGUUACGCUAUGUGAGAAUAUAAUUAUCAUUGGCUUUAUUAUCGAAAAUCUCAUCGCUACCACGCGCUCCACCGAAAUAAACACGCAACGCAGACCGCGCCGCGCCACAACACUCACAAAUAAGGGUACGAUUCAAAUUCCCUCUUUUUUGUGUGUUGUGGCGCGGCGCGGUCUGCGUUGCGUGUUUAUUUCGGUGGAGCGCGUGGAGAUUUUAGAUAAUAUCUUGCAUUCAAAACAAAUUCCUAUCUCAAAAAUCUCUUUUCUUCACUGAACCCUGAAAUUUUGCUAAUUACUAACUUAUCCUACGUUUCCAGGCCAAAGAAGUGUUGGAAAAAGAGCCAAACGUGCAAGAAGUGCGAUGCCCUGUCACAGUUUGCGGUGAUGUACACGGACAAUUUCACGACCUAAUGGAACUAUUCAAAAUGGGCGGCAAAAGUCCGGACACGAAUUAUUUGUUUAUGGGCGACUACGUGGAUCGAGGAUAUUAUUCAGUGGAAACAGUUAGUCUGCUCGUUUGUUUAAAGAUUCGCUAUAAGGACAGAGUUACACUUCUUCGUGGAAAUCACGAGUCUCGACAAAUUACACAGGUGAGAAGAGAUUAUUUUAUUUUUUGCUGGGUUUUCUUGAAAAAAAAACAAUAUUUCUCCAGGUGUACGGGUUCUAUGACGAGUGUUUGAGGAAGUACGGAAAUUCGAACGUGUGGAAAUAUUUUACCGAUUUAUUCGAUUGUUUCCCGCUGACAGCGUUGGUUGAUGGACAAAUCUUUUGUCUUCACGGUGGAUUAUCGCCAUCCAUAGACACUUUGGAUCAUAUUAGAGCUUUAGAUCGUAUUCAAGAAGUGAGUUUGGGGAUUUUUGGGAAUUUUGGGUUCAGAAAACUAUAAAUUACUGUGUGAAAAUCCUAAAAAUUUCCAUUUUUUUGGCCCUAAAAAAUAAAAAUUGAUGAAAAAGAGCAAAAUUUCACAGUGUAUGUCCCUUUAAAUUACUGUAGCUUUUUGGGUUCAGAAAACUAUAAAUUAUUGUGUGAAAAGCUUAAAUUUUCAUCAUUUUUGUGCCCUAAAAAUUCAAAUUUGAUGAAAAAGAGCAAAAUUUCACAGUGUAUGUCCCUUUAAAUUACUGUAGCAACAAGUUUAGCUAGUAGUGCGAAAUAGUUUUGGACAUACAGUAGUGCGAAAUAGUUUUGUAGAUUUUUAACGUGGAUCCUUCUAAUAUAAAAAUUAUUGGAAAACUCUCAACAAAAAGCCUUUUGUGGUGUCCAAAAACCCCAGAUUAAAGGCGCAUGCUGAAGUACAGUAGAACCUGCACAUCUAACUCGGGAAGGAAAAAAAAUAUCGCUUAAAGGAGCAUACAGUAGGUCGAGCGGCUUUGGCGCGAGUGUAGAUCAAAAUUCCGCGAAAGCGGUUCGAGCGAAGCGAGUUUAUGUCCCUUUAAAUAACUGUAGCAACAAGUGUAUCUUGCCUUUAAGGAUUUACGGUACCCAGGGAAACUACGGUACUUUAAAGGAACAUAGACUUGUGCUAAAAGUACCGUAGGCUUUUUAAAGAUGUUUCUUAUCUUUGUAAUUUUCAAAAAAAAAAAUCAUUUUUACAUAUUUAUAAGUCCAAAAACCCUAGAUUCAAGGCGCAUGCCUAAGUACGGUAGCACCUGCACAUCUAACUCAAGAAGAACGAGUUAGAUAUGCAGGUGAUACGGUAUGUUCCUUUAAAGAUGGAGAUGCUGAAAAUCGACAUUAUUCAAAAUCUUCAUGAGAUAAAAAGUGACCAAAUUUUUCCAAAUCCAAAUUUUGGGAAACUAAAAACUCUAUACCUACAGUAACCCAAACUGCAAAAUCCGAAUUUACGGAAUAUGAACAUCUACAGUAAUCCAAACUGCAAGAAUUUGAAACUUUCAGAAUUUUUACCGAGUUUCAUUAAAAAUUUCCGGAAUUCCCCUAAAAAUGCUCAAAAAUUCCAGGUACCACACGAAGGACCAAUGUGCGAUCUAUUGUGGUCAGAUCCAGAUGAUCGAGGCGGUUGGGGAAUCUCGCCACGUGGUGCCGGCUACACAUUUGGACAAGAUAUUUCUGAAUCAUUUAACCAUUCAAACGGACUCACCCUAAUUUCACGAGCCCAUCAACUCGUAAUGGAGGGCUAUAAUUGGAGUCACGAUCGCAAUGUCGUCACCGUCUUCUCGGCACCAAAUUAUUGUUAUCGUUGUGGAAAUCAAGCGGCAAUGGUUGAACUCGACGAUGAUCUCAAAUACUCGUUCCUCCAAUUCGAUCCAGCUCCACGAAGAGGAGAACCACAUGUUACGCGUAGAACUCCCGAUUAUUUCUUGUAA